AUGGGCGGAUCGCUUACCGAUUACAACAAACAUCUCAUCAUCGGCGAAACCAUCCCACGCUACACAACCAUGACCUAUCAACCAGAACAAAUCUCGGACUUCAUCAUCCUAAACCAAAAUCCAACCGAUGCCUUGAUCCCAGCACUGGAAAGUCAUCUCCCGACUUCCCUACCAGUGCUACGACGCAUUCAAUAUGAUCGCGCCCAUCCACGACAAACCGCUUAUUACGUAGUCAGCGCCAAUCUAACAACCUCACAAUCUUCAACCAACUCCAAAAGUGGAGAACCUUGGAUGGCAGCUUACAUUGACCUUUUCGCUGGUAAAGAGACUCAAGUUUGGGUUUAUUCCAGUCUAGAGGCCGAAAUACCGCCAACUGAACAUAUCAUCAACGGCGAUAAUGAUGAGGAAAUAAGCGAUUUUUCGACUAUUAGUCUCAGAAAACAGGAUAUUGCAAGGGAACAGACAUGGACUCUUUUGCAAUGGAUACAUCGAGAAUUGGUACCUAAUUAUAUGUCUCAUGUAUUGAAAUCCGAUAGCCAAAAUGAGUCAACAGAAGGUCCAGAGCAGAAGAUAAAAGUUAUACCAAAACACAACCCGCCCGCCAUAUUACUCGGCUCGCUACAUACGGGACUCAUGCGACUGCUCACAACCAAUGAUUCCUACAUCAGUGCCCAGUUUCGGCAAGGACUAAAGGUUCAUCGGUACGACACGUUACCUUAUGUGAAGUAUAUAUUUGCGCCGGAGAUAUUUCAGACGAGUAGCAACGAUGAGAACGAAAGCAACCCUCUUCCAGAGGGUUAUUAUUACGGAACUGAAGGACUACGGCCCCAACACGUUGAUCUCGUCAAAUCCCGGACACAUAUUCCUCGUGAAAGGGAGACGUUGCUUGCUAUGCCUAGCGCGGUUGUAUAUCGAAAUACUAAUAACAAUUCCGCCGAGCAGACGCCUAUUGCAUGGGGGUUUCUGGCGUUUGAUGGCUCUUUGGCAACAUUACAUGUUGAACCGGAGCAUCGCGGGAAAGGAAUUGCGGUUAUAUUGUCGAGGGAGGUUAUGAGGAGGGGGAUGGCUAGUGGUGUUUAUGGAUCUGAUUCGAAGAGAUUGGGGUAUGCGCAUGCGGAUGUUGCUAGGAACAACGUGGCGAGUAGGAGGGUUAUGGAGAAGGUUGGCGGUGGGAUUGGGUGGAGGUGGAGUGUUACUUGGGCUGUCGUUGAGAUUGUUGAUAAGUAGAUGGACUGCGGUACAUUGGAUAUAUAUAUAGACUAUUCGGAUGAUUCUUCGACAUUCUU